GCAGCAGCACAAGUUACAAAAUUAAUACAUUCACAUUUAAAUACAUUUCCACAUAAACUCAAUUAAAACAUAAACACACUGAUGGUCUGGAUUCCAGUGACCUAAUCAGUCAAAUCCACUCAAGGAAACCAAAUCCUUGAUUUUUAGAUCUUUUUGUAGUGAAUUCCAUGUUGAUGGAGCAGCAAAGCUAAAAGCCGACUUUCCCAGCUCUGCGAACCUUAGGAACAACAAAUUGCAAAAGUUCACUUGAGCGGAGGUUGAACUGAUUCUGCUGUGAGGAUGGAAACAUCCCUAUCAGCUUGGACCAGUUUUUAUUAAGUGAAAUGGGGUUUAAAGUCUGAAACAUUUCUAUUUUUUAACACUGUUCAAAUAACUGCUUGUACAUUAAAUCUUGGCUGCUAAUCUGAAAUGGAAUACAGAAUUAAAAUUACACAAAAAAAAAAACCAUGGGACAACCGGUCAUUAAAAUUUUGAUUUAACUGGUGGUUUUCUAAAUCUGGGGCUUGUAAUUUGGAAAGUUCAACUGACGUUUGCAAUUCGCAUGGAUUGUCCUACUUCAGACGCCGUAAUUGUAUCCUAGCAACUAGUCGACAGAACGAGCCCAGAGUGCUGCUCCAGGUUGGAGUUCCUUGUUUAGUUUACUGCUACAUAGUCAAGUUUUGCGUGAGCCGUAUUUCGUGGCCAUUUAGCGUUCAGAUGAAGAUGGAUCGUAAAAGGCCAUAUCACCGUGUCAUCGUAGAGAAAACGCUGGCCGUCAUUAAGCCAGACGCGUUUCAGCUGGCAGAUGAGAUUGAGAAUGUUAUCGUCAAAUCUGGCUUCAGUAUACUUCAGAAGAGAAGGCUGCAGCUGAGUCCAGAGCAAUGCCACGACUUCUACGCAGACCAGACACUCAUGUUCCCCAGUUUGACGGCCUUCAUGAGCUCUGGUCCCAUUGUUGCCUUGAUGCUGGCUCGUGACAAUGCUAUCGCCCACUGGAAGUCCCUUAUAGGGCCUGCCAAUGCUACCAAAGCCAGAGAAACCCACCCAGAAUGCCUCAGAGCAAAAUAUGGAACGUCUGAGCUGAAAAAUGCCCUCCACGGCAGCGACUCGUGUGACGAAGCUGAGAGGGAGAUCAAAUUCAUGUUCCCAAACUCUAUAGCUGAACAUGUUCCUUCAAGAUGUGAAACAGAAGAAUACAUGAACCAGUAUGUAAAUCCAGCCCUGCUGAAGGGACUCACUGAACUCUGCAAGGAAAAGCCUCUGAACCCCUGUGUAAGGACUGAUGCUCAGUAUCUGGCUAGCUGACUGGCUUCUGAAAAACAAUCCAAACCAGCCUCAGAUAUGCGACAAGGACACUGUGGAAGACUGAUGGAGAAACAAGGAGGGAAGUCGGUUCAGUGGUUUUGCUUUUGACAAACUCUUCAGUCUGUUGGUGUACAAUAAUAAACAGGAUUUUCAGCAGUUGA